GUUAUAUGUACUGGACUGAUUGGGGUAAAUUUCCAAGAAUCGAACGUGCGUACAUGAACGGCGAAAACAGAAUGGAUUUGGUGAACCACACGCUUCGUUGGCCCAAUGGUCUCACAAUUGAUCACGUCUAUAACAAGCUCUACUGGGCCGACGCUUAUGAGGACAACAUAGAAGCUAUGGACCUCACGACUCUUCAACGAAAAGUUAUCCUCAACCAGAAAUUACUAAUUUGUAAGUACUGUUAAACAAUAAGUCUUUCUAUACGCUGGAUAGCUUCAUACCUCUAUUAGUUCAAAGCUGUUCUUCCUAGAGGUCCAUUAAGUGUCGCCUCUUAUUGAUCUAGUGUUACUACAGGAGGUAACCUAAACUAAACUAACUUUAUUUAUACUGGAUACUGGAUAGUUCCAUCAGUUCUAAGCUGUUCUUCCUAGAGCUCCAGUGAGGAUCAUCUCUUAUUGAUCCAGUGUUACUACAGAAGGAAACCUAAACUAAACUAACUUUAUUUAUACUGGAUAGCUCUAUCAGUUCUAAACUGUUCUUCCUAGAGGUCCAGCUUUAGCCAUGCCUUGUUGCUCGUAUAGAAGGUGUCGAUCUGGUACCACUCUUUUCAUUUGCAAUCAUAGCCAAUGGACAGCCAGUACUCUAACUCGUAACAAGCUACAUCCGCACAACCGUAUAUUGCAGUGGUCAAUACCCAAUCACAGAGUUUCAUUACAUAUUACACGUUUUCAAACACUUGCAUUGAUUUUCUUUUAUUCAGUUGGCUUCCUGUUUGGUUUAUCCACUAAAGUGAACCACCCCUUUGGCCUAACAUUACUAAACGAACACAUCUACUGGACCGAUUGGCAAACUGAUGCAGUCUAUCGUGCUGGCGUGAACACUGGGGCUAAUGUCGUGUUAAUGACGGCUAACCUUGGCAAACCAAUGGAUAUCCACGCAUAUAGUGCCAUACCAAAACAACGUAAGUGCAUGUAUCACAAAAUAUAUCUCAAACGUGGUGGUGUAGGUAGUAUUCUACAAUAAGCUGUCGUAGUUUGUGUCUGAACUACCUGAAAAAGAUAUCUCAAACGUGGUGGUCCAGUGUAGGUAGUAUUCUACAAUAAGCUGUCGUGGUUUGUGUCUGAACUACCUGAAAAAGAUAUCUCAAACGUGGUGGUCCAGUGUAGGUUGCAUUCUACGAUAAGCUGCCGUGAUUUGUAUCUGAACUACCUGAAAAAGAUAUCUCGAACGUGGUGGUCCAGUGUAGAUAGUAUUCUACAAUAAGCUGCCGUGAUUUGUGUCUGAACUACUGAAAAAGAUAUCUCGAACGUGUUGGUCCAGUGUAGAUAGUAUUCUACAACUAGGAGUUACUAUCGCAAGCCAAAUGCUGCCGAUAUGUACAUGCAGGAUGUACUACAACCAAAAAGUGUCUUUUUCACUGUAUGUAUGAUUUAAUGUCUUACACAUAUUGUACAUCAAUUACCUUCUACAAUUGUAUCCAGGGAUGCCGGAACGACGUGAAGGCAAGGGUGGCAGAUUUUCGUGAAAGGGCACUUUUGAAUUGAUAUAUACUAAGAGAUGUUUGCAAAACAUCGGGAGUUGAACUUCGCCUAAUCAUGUUUUCUAUUGAUUGGAUGAUAGGGGUGUGAGGGGGUUCUCUCCGCCAGGCGAUUGUGCCAUUCCUGAAGCUCGAUGACUGCAAUUCUUGCGUUUUCUGAAGCAAAUUUGUAAAAGAAUUCCACUAACAUUUCUGACAAUUCGCUAUUUUGCCAAGGCAAUCCUUUAAAUUGAAAGGACACCUUUGCCCCCCCUUGCCCCUCCUGGUAAAGGGCAACGGGGGCGGCUGCCCUUCCUGCCCCCCCCAGUUCCGGCAUCCCUGGUUGUAUCUUACAUCUCAUCUUAUAAAAAGUGCACUAUAAAGUAUAAACUUGGUGGUCACAUGUGUGAGCUUGCCACUGAAUACAGAACAAUAUUGUUUAUAUAAAAAUACUAAAAAGUCGGUUUUUGUUCCAAUUAUCGUUUUACAUGUAAUGCCACCUUCAUGGCUUCCCCUAUCACAGACCAACCGAACAAUCUGCCGAUGGGCAGACAAAAUGUAUUUGAUGACAUUUCUGUUUAAUAUGCUUCAGAUGACACCACUACUGUACUCAGUCAGAUCUGAAAAAAUAUAUAAGAAAGAAAUUGUGAGCAUUAUCGUAGUGACACAGCCAUAUGUAGGCCACUAGAAUUAUUUCAUAUUAUGCUAACAAUGGACAUAUCUCAGAUCUUAUACAAAAGUCAGUUAAAAUGUUAGUAAUAUUACAUGUACUUGCUGGUAAGUCAAUAUAUGUGCAGACAAUAUAUAAUCCACACUGGGUUGCUCUAGGAAUCUUUAAUAUUAAGCCUGAUUUAGCAACAUUCCACAUUUGUUUAAAGCUAUAAACAUCUAGAAAUGGAACACUAUAAACUCAUCGUCUUUGCACAUAAUGGCAGAUCACUGAUAGUUGGUGCCUCAAUGGGCUCCACCACAAUGGGCAGAGCAGUCUGUAGGGUCGGCCAUAGGGUUUUGUGUAUAUAGGAUUUAAUGGUAUUUAAUUAAUUCGAGUAUACUGUAUAUUUACUUUAAAUGUUAUGACUAAUUUUGGGUAUUAGGUCUGGUAUACAGCUUCUGAUUGCUUUAGGUAUUAUGUAACAUUUUGACCAUAAUAAUAGGUAUUUUGAUCCAUAUUUAUCAGCUAUUUAGGAUACCACGACCCCCCCCCCCCUGGUUGACCCCUAGUCUGAUAGUUGGUGCCUCAAUGGGCUCCAUCGCAAUGGGCAGAUCGCUGAUAGUUGGUGCCUCAAUGGGCUCUACCACAGGCAGAUCAAUAGUUUUUGCCUCAAUGGGCUCUAGAUACCACAAUGGACAGAUCUAUAGUUUUUGUCUCGAUGGGCUCUACCACAAUGGGCAGAUCUAUAGUUUUUGCCUCAAUGGGCUCUACCACAUUGGGCAGAUCUAUAGUUUUUGCCUUGAAUGGGCUCUACCACAAUGGGCAGAUCAAUGAUAUUUUUUGCCUCAAUGGACUCUACUACAAUGGGUGUAGAAUGCUAUUAUUUUGUCCUACCACCAUGGGCAGACUGUUUAUAGUAUCAUUAUUUUGUGUAUCAAAAUGAUUCACAGGUGUUGUAGUUGUUUUUGCAUACACUACAUGUGGUAUAUUACUUGUGUCGAUCACAGAAUCACAUAUCUUGUAAGAAACAUGUUUGUAUACAACUUGAAACACUGACAAGUUUAGGUAAAUUAUCGACAGAUAAGAAUUCGACACCAGGUUCUAAGACAACAAAGCCAUCAUUCAGAGCUUGCAAGUACAUUUUGUCUCCUUGUAAUUAGACAUUAUUUAUAAAUGUUAUUUUUGACCAAUCGAUCAGUGGUAUAUUUUGGGCAGUUUCUAAGACAACAAAGCCAUUAUCCAGAGCUUGCAAGUACAUUUUGUCUCCUUGUAUUAAUAAGACGAUUAAAUGUUGUUUUUGACCAAUCGAUCAGUGGUAUAUUUUGGGCAGUUAAAAGUGCUGAUAAACUCAUAAAAGCACAUUGUUUGCCUCUAGAUUGAACACUAAAAAGGUCAUUGCCUUGAUGUAUAUAAGAAGAAAAAAAUAGAGCCGAACUUACCUGAAUGUUUCCGAAUAUUUUUGAUCGCUUGUUGUCUUGCAUCCGUAUUUAAAAGUUUGAAAAUCUUAAUGUUUUGACCGCUCCCCUCAUUUAACAAACGUUCCUGAAGCUUAAUUAUUCCCCCCGGAUUACGACAAACAUCUUUACAGACAGACACAAGAUCUCGAUCUCGACAAUACAUAACUCGCGCGAAAGACUGGGUCGAGUGGACUCUGGAGAAACUACCGCGUGUCAAGAAUAGUGUGCUGCCUCGCUACGCUCGGCAGCAAUAAGCUGCCGUGAUUUGUGUCUGAACUACCUGAAAAAGAUAUCUCAAACGUGGUGGUCCAGUGUAGGUUGCAUUCUACGAUAAGCUGCCGUGAUUUGUGUCUGAACUACAUGAAAAAGAUAUCUCGAACGUGUUGGUCCACUGUAGGUAGUAUUCUACAAUAAGUUGCCGUGAUUUGUGUCUGAACUGCCUGAAAAAGAUAUCUCGAACCUGGUGGUCCACUGUAGAUAGUAUUCUACAAUAGACAGAUUUAGAUCGAGGACGCGGACGUCAAAACGACGUGAAAAUGGCGUGUUGUGCCCAUGUAUGGAUAUGCCACGCCAUUUUGACGCCAUUUUCACGUCGUCUUUGACGUGCUCGAUCUAAAUCUGUCUAUUAAACUGUUGUGGUUUGUGUCUGAACUACCUGAAAAAGAUAUCUCAAACUGGUGGUCCAGUGUAGGUAGUAUUCUACAUUAACCUAUCGUGAUUUGUGUCUGAACUACCUGAAAAAGAUAUCUCAAAUGUGGUGGUCCAGUGUAGAUAGUAUUCUACAAUAAGCUGUCAUGGUUUGUGUCUGAACUACCUGAAAAAGAUAUCUCAAACGUGCCUUAAUGGGUUUAUAGCAAUAACCAAAACUAAUUUGUCUUCAAUUUUGAUUUCAGAGCAAAGACUACACUACACGUUUUCUUUCCCUCGAAAGGGAAGCAACUUUACUUGUAUCCCAUCCAGAUCAUGUCCACAAAUUGAUGCACCUCCCCAGUGCCCACCUGGAUACAAUGAAGUGCGGGAGAACUCGACCUGCGGGUUGUAUUGUCGAGAUAUCGUGGGCUACACAUGGCGCUGUCCGUGCAAUGACUGGAUGUCGUGUGCCGUGAAAGAGAGAUACUUGUGGGGAUGUGCCAGUGGCUACUACAGUAGCUUCAGAGUUCGCGAAUGCUCGCAAGGUUUGUUUGUAGUGUGUUAUCGACCAACCCACUGACUGACUGACCAAUCCACCGACUGACCCACCAACCCACUGAUUGACCGACCAACCCACCGACCGACCGACCGACUGAUCCACCGUCUGACCGUCCAACCCACUGACCGUCCAACCCACUGACUGAUUGUCCAACCCACUGGCUAACUGACAAGCCAGCUGAUGGACAAACAGACUAACUGACCAACAUACAACCAGCCGACGGAACAACCAACCAAUCCACUGGCUAACUGACAAGCCAGCUGAUGGACAAACAGACUAACUGACCAACAUACAACCAGCCGACGGAACAACCAACCAAUCCACUGGCUAACUGACAAGCCAGCUGAUGGACAAACAGACUAACUGACCAACAUACAACCAGCCGACGGAACAACCAACCAAUCCACUGGCUAACUGACAAGCCAGCUGAUGGACAAACAGACUAACUGACCAACAUACAACCAGCCGACGGAACAACCAACCAAUCCACUGGCUAACUGACAAGCCAGCUGAUGGACAAACAGACUAACUGACCAACAUACAACCAGCCGACGGAACAACCAACCAAUCCACUGGCUAACUGACAAGCCAGCUGAUGGACAAACAGACUAACUGACCAACAUACAACCAGCCGACGGAACAACCAACCAAUCCACUGGCUAACUGACAAGCCAGCUGAUGGACAAACAGACUAACUGACCAACAUACAACCAGCCGACGGAACAACCAACCAAUCCACUGGCUAACUGACAAGCCAGCUGAUGGACAAACAGACUAACUGACCAACAUACAACCAGCCGACGGAACAACCAACCAAUCCACUGGCUAACUGACAAGCCAGCUGAUGGACAAACAGACUAACUGACCAACAUACAACCAGCCGACGGAACAACCAACCAAUCCACUGGCUAACUGACAAGCCAGCUGAUGGACCGCCUGACUGAAUGACCAACGAACUGACUGGCCAGUCAACCUACCAACCUACCUACAGUCUUGCAUCACUGACUGACAAAACACAUUCAUGAUUUAAUAAGUAACCCGGACUUUGUCUGUGAAUGACUUUGCAACUUGCCUACGUUCAUUUCUAGUUUUGAAUACAAAGUGAUGUGAGCUAUAUUUAUUUUAUCUUCUUCAGACGUAAGGCCUGGUCGCUGUCCUAACAAUGGAAACCAAGGAUCUCAGAAUUGUAAUAGUGACGCUGAUUGUCCGAAUAGCGAAAAAUGCUGUAACUCAAAGUGUACAAAACCCCUCUCACUAG